AUGAUUACAAGACAAACUUCAAAGCAAAAGAGCAAUGAGGAGACUGCCAAUCUAGUGACCAACGAUCCUAGAAUCUACAAUCAAGCAAUAAAGAUCAAGGGUAAAGACCUAUGGACUGUUGCGAUUAAGUCCGAACAUGACUCAUUAGAGCAGAACGGCACGUGGAAACCAGUGAUGGACAUGAAAAUACUGAAUACCAAGUGGAUAAUAAAGACCGGGACCAACGCACAAGGUGGAAUAGAAAGACACAAAGCAAGAAUGGUUGCAUGCGGAAAUAAACAAGUCUUUGGUGAGGAUUUCAUGCUAACAUAUGCGCCUGUCAUGGAAAUGAUCACUGCCAAGGUGAUAUUGGCAAUGGCGCAAUACUGGAAGAUACCAGUUAGACACGGAGAUGUGCCUAUUGCUUACGUUAAAGCAUCCGCUGAAGAGGAGUGCCUCAUUUGUAUUAAGGUCCCACAAGGGAUGGAGAUACGGGAUCAAGUAUUGAAGGAGUUGGGUGUGAAUUCUGUAAAUAAAAUCGUAUUGUUACUACCUCAAAGCCUUUACGGCCUGAAACAAGCUGUGACGGGUCACACGGCACCUUGCACAGAGGAAGGUUGA